AUGGCGGCCUUCGAUGGAACAUCCUGCCUCGAGGAACACUUGAUGGCAUACAAAAACUUGAUGUUGCUGUACACCACCAACCCGGCAUUGUGGUGCAAAUUCUUCCCAACUACUCUCACAGGAGUAGCCUUGACGUGGUACACCUCUCUUCCAGGGAGAAGUAUCCACACCUUUGCCCAAUUAGAGAGCAAAUUCCUGGGUCACUUUGUGGCAUCCAGAAGGCAGGAGAAAUCAAACUUCCAUUUGCUUAGCAUAACGCAACUGGAAGGGGAAUCCAUAUCAUCGUAUCUGAGGAAAUUCCAUGAGGCAGUGCUGGAGGCACAUGACCCAAAGAGGCGUAAAUCAGAAAAGAAGGAUCCAAUAUCCAAUCGCUCCUCAAGGAGCGUAGAGGAACAUCCAUCUAGGAGGGAUAAAAAUUACAUGCCGCAUCGUCCAGAGCCUCCAUCAGACAUGGGACCUCCACGAUCCCGGCACGUAUAUGCCGUUGAAGGGGAGUCCAGGACGCGGAAUUUGCUUGAUGGAGGUAAUGACCCGAGGUUCAAUUGGAACAGGAAGGACAUUUUCUUCGCUGUUCGGUAUGAGUUGCCAACUCCACCUCCUAUUACCACUCCCUCCGAUCGACGCAACUACAAUCUGUGGUUCAUCAAUCGAAAGGACUAUGGCACGAGAGGCGACGCGGAAAGAAGGCCUUGGAACCAGAAAAGAAACGAGGCUAGGCGUGAAAGUUCCAACACACAAGGAACCAUCAAUAUGAUUUUCAGCGGCUACACCGAGGAAUAUCCCACAAUCCGCGCUGCGAAAGGCAGCGUCCAUACUCUGUUCAAAGGACCCCCAAAAACCACCUCAAGUGGGCCGAUCAUGAGAUUUGAUGCCACUACUUCCCAACCGUUGCAACAACCACACACUGAUCCUUUAGUGGUUACCAUCAAGAUUGGGCAAAUGAUGGUAAGGCGAGUAUUGGUGGAUACCGGAAGCACAGCCGAUCUUAUAACGAUGGAAUGCCUAAGAAAAAUGAAAUUCGAAGAAAAGCACCUGCAACCCCUUGAUAAACUUUUGAUUGGGUUUGGAGGAAACCAGGUCAUUCCAAUGGGAACAAUCAUACUCCCUGUGCGAGUAGGGGAAAGAAGCGGAAGCAGAACUAUGCCCAUACGAUUCACGUCGCGUUGUCAUUUGUAUUCUGUUUUAUCAGCACUCAUCCCGCGGCAUGCUCGCGUUGUCAUUUGUAUUCUUAGUGAUCAUCAAAAUUCAUUUAUAACAUCAGAAGUUUUAUUUUCAGAUUAUCCGGCUCUUAUAUUCUCAUGGUGUAAAAAUUCUAAGUAUGGGAGAAUUCCCAUAUUUCCGUAUGAUCGAAGACACGGGCCUUUAUGCCCAUUCCGCGUCAUGGAAGAGCAAGGGGUAUGA